GGCGCGCUGGGCGGCGCCGGUGCUGCAGGCGCCGGGGCCGCCGAGGGCGCUGCCUCGAAGGGCCGGGGGUCGCAGGGUGCCGCUCCCGCCGGCGCUGGGCCGGCCAGCGCUGCACCGGCGGAGGCCGCGCCAGCCAGCGCCGCCCCAGCAGGCGCCGCGGACGCGCCCAGCACGCCGGAGGACGACGGCACCGAGGGCGCUGCGGCGCAGGCGCCCGCGCCAGCGGGCGGCGGCGGGGCGGAAGCUGCCGUGGCCGAGGUGCGGACGCAGGCGAGCGCCUUCGGCGUCGAGGUCGUGGGCGGCCUGCAGUGGCGGCCUGGCGACGAGGUCACCGUCAGGUGGGAGAAGUUGGGCGGCGAGAACAACCUCGCCACGGUCCAGCUCUACAGGGAGGAUUUCUGGCAGCCCAUCGCCCAAGGCCUCGUGCCGCUGUCGUCUGGCUCCGUGGCUGUGCUCAUACCUCCGGACGCCGCCGAGGGGCGCUACUACAUCGUCCUGCAGGGCCGCUCCGACGCCGCCGCCUACGCCCACUCCCCGCGCUUCGCGGUGGGCCCCGCCGCGGCCGAGGAGCGCCACAUCGCCCUCCGCCCCGCCUCGGCGCGGCUGCCUUCCCUCUCCCGAGGCUCCGCGCUGCUGCCGCCGCUACCGAAGGCACGUUUCGAGAAGCCUCCGUGCCAGAUUGCGACCGCGAGCAGUGAUCUCAUGGCACCAGCGCUCACGAUUCAUGAGGCCAAGGAGAUGCACAGCUCAGUGAGACGCGGGUGGGCCUUGAGCCUCGCCUUCGAUGUCGGGAUGUCCGUCCAGGGCUUCCCGGAGCAGGUGCGUCUCCCGAAGACCGGCAGGGUUCUGCCCGUGAACUUCGAGAAGAUCCUGCAGCACCUCAAGAAGACGUUCAAGACCAACGGCACGCUGAUCAAGGACGAGGAGCAUGGCACCAUCAUCCAGUUGCAGGGUGACAUCCGUAAAGAGGUGGCCGAGUUCUUGAUCGAAGCUACAGCGCUGAUUAGCAAAGACCAGGUGAUGAUCCACGGCUCCUGA